AUGGAAGGUGACGGUGUAUUCUACAUACCAACUGGCACAUUUAUAGUUCGUUCAUCAUUAAUUUUCAAGACCAAUUAUAGGUUUACUAUUACUGGAGAUGGACUAAAAGAUGGUAGCGAAUUAUCACAGUUAACAAUACGUGAUUUUGCUAUAACAUCAAGUGCUAUUCUUAAACCCUUAGAUAAAUUUGCAAUUUAUGCUCAAGAUCUAGUUCAAAGUCAAAUUGAACAUAUUAUUAUUAAUUCUAAUGAUUCAAAAAGCUCUCCAGUAUCCAGUGGCAUAGCAAUGGUAGGCGUGGCAGAUACGAAUACUAUACGCGAUGUUAUCAUGUGGAAAAUUAAGGGUACAGGUAUACAAAUAGGUUAUGGAUCAGAGAUUCGAAUUUUAGGCGGUAGAAUCGUUGGAGCUGGUGUUCGUUUUGAUCAAAGUAUUGGUAUUCAUUGCACGGGUAAUAACGGUGGUGUUCAUGUAGAUAAUACGGAUAUUAUUGGACUGGGUAUUGGAAUGUUGAUUGAUAAUAGUAGUGGUGUUGGUUCAAAUCGAGAAAUUUUUAUUAGUCAUGCUACAAUUGAUUCAAAUGGUAGAGGUUUAAUCAUUCGUGAUAAUAGUUAUGUAUCAAUCAUUGGUAUAUGGGCAGCAUCAAGUACGAUCGAUCAAGUAUUUAUUGAUGUAAAUACCACAGCACUUUUAUCAAUUAGUGGAGGUACAAUUUUCAAUGGUGGAGUAUACGAAUGUCCAAAACAGUCUGACUGGUGUAACAGUCUAACAGUGCAUAGCGGAACAUUUAUUCUUAAUGGUGUUGAAAUACGUAAUAACAAUGGUCGUGGUAUUUGGAUACCAAAUAAAUCUGUGACACAAUAUCAAAUUAUUAGUUGUCGUAUCUUUGCUAAUGGACAGGGACUUAAUGUGACUGGUUCUUCAUUUAUGAUUACGAACAAUGUUUGUAAUUCAAAUCAAUUACCGAAUACUAUCUCUGGAACAGAAACUUCAAUAGUAAUGAAUAAUCUUGGUUGUUAA